ACACUUGUCACGCCCCGAACGGGUCCACUUGAACAAGGGUAACUGGUCGAUCCCGCUCCAGCAACCAACCGUUGGUCUGCAACUAAUCUCAUGAGUGGCCCUGUCCAGCCUCUCUGCGAUGAGCUCUAAGCGCCGAGUGGUCACCUUGCGAGGGGUGUGCUUGAUUCGACAGGCACAUCCUUCGCCAAAGCACUAAGGCAAAUUCACACUGCAUGGCGAAUCACUCGGUCGCCAGCCUUUUCGCGACUGGACCACUCCACUAAAUCGUCACACCCUCUGGUGUGAGAGCUCUCGGACACUGAAAAAAGAAGCUUUUCCUCCCGAAGACGCUCAUCUUCUGACUUGUGCUUCCUGUCAGCUUUUCCAUGAAACCGUGAUCGUCAUAUUGCGGCGCUUGCCUUCUGCUUCUUUUUUGGCGGUCGAAGGAACAAGCUAACACCGCUCUGCUUCCCAUCCACCAUGCUUGGGCUCUGGCAGUCCAAGAUGUCGGCAUUAGCACUCGCGGUCUUGCUGAGCACCCCAGCUGUGCUGGGGUUGCGGGUCACAUCUGGCUCCUCAUGUACGGACAGCUGUAAUAAAUGGGGCGCGGCCACCAACACGACGGCCGACGAGAUCUCGUGUGUGGACACUGCGUUCAACAGCACAACAAAGGGCAAAGACUUUAAAGACUGCAUUACCUGCGAGUUAGAAAGCACCUAUGAAGAUGAUACAACCGGUGAAACUGAUGUGAACUGGGGUCUCUAUAAUCUGCGAUUUGCGCUCUCGACCUGCGUUUUCGGAUACCCUGAGAGUAUCUCCAAUGUAUCGUCUCCAUGUCCAGUGGCGUGUGGGACGGUUCAAGAUGCCGUGCAGUUCGAGAUUGAGGACCCGACUGCGGACAACUUGGGUGCAUGGUGUGAUACUGCGUCCUUUGCAGACAAUGUAAUCAACACCUGCGAAUUUUGCUACAACCUCACAACUAACCAGAUCUACCUGGCAAACUUCCUCGAGUCCAUCCGAUAUAACUGCCACUUCCCAACAACCAGUGGCGACGAAUUCGCCGUCUCCCCAACGAGAAUCUUCACGGAGUCUCUUCUCCCCUCAAGCAUGUCCCUCACCACCCCAAGCGCAAGCUCCUCCCACGUAAACCUAGGCCUGGUAAUCGCGCUCCCUGUCCUAGCCUUCAUCAUCAUUUGCCUCGGCAUCGGAACCUGUUGCUUCUUCUACAUCCGCUACCGCAGAAAGCGCAACCGCCAAAAUCGGUUCCCGGACCAUCUGUAUGCCCGCUAUAAUGACACCACCAUCAGCACGCCUAUGCAGGGCCAGGGUGAGUGGACACAGCAGCAGCAACAAAUGUACUCCGACUAUCAGGCUUUUGCACAGAUGCACGCUGCUGGGUACGGGCAACAUCAUGGUUUCAAUGAGCAAUACGGCCAGGCUCAUGAGAUGUAUGGUCUCAAGCCCAAGCAGGAUAUCCAGCCGCAGGCUACGGAGAUCACUGUUCCCGGGCCUCAUCCAGGCCCUGAGCAGGCUCCUCAUGCUUUUGGCACGGACCAGAAGCAUGCUAUGUAA